GUACCAACCAAAUCUCGGAAUUCGACCGCCUCCAUCAUGAACUCCUCGAACGUCUUCACAGCGCUGUCCAAGAAAGCUGCCAAGAAGGCGACCCUUUUGCCUGCUCAUGCUGCCCCUGUCCUUCCCAAGCAAAUGUUCUCCGGUCAAGCGACUGCCUCGUGGGGCGACGACGAAGAAGUCGGUGCCGUCACGUCCCUGUCGAUGCCGCUGACUCCUGCCGAAGCCUUGGCUGCCGAAGAAGCGCAAGUUGAGGAGGAAGACGACGACAGCGAAAGCGAAAGCGAAGAAGAAGAGGAGGAAGAAGAACCAGUGACCAAGCCCGUGGUUGCAAAAGUCGUUGCCAAGUCUGUAGCCGCCCCUGUCCUGUCCAAGAAGGAACAAAAGCAAAAGGAACUUGAAGAAUUGGACUCCGUCUUGGCCGAAUUGGGCAUCGCUACGGCCACCCCCGCACAAACAGCCGAAGCUGGCUCGUCAGACAAGAAGUCCAAGAAGAAGAAGAAGGCUAAGGCGGCUCCUGGUGCGGCUGCCCCCGCGCCUGCUACUCCCGAAGUUGAAGCCGAGGCACCUCCUGCCCCCACUGUCAUCGUCGACAUCAAGGCGGUGCUGGCCAAGAAGGCCAAGGGCAAGAAGAAGGAAGAAUCGUUGGGUGUGAAGAAGGCCCGCGAAGAAGAAGCGAAGAAGAAGGCAGCGGCCAAAACCAAGCGUGACCGCUCCACCUUCAACGAGUUCUCGUAGACAAAAAACCAAUGUAGUUCAUCUUGAAUCGGAUUGGAAAAUAGACCCACCACCCAGUUCGA